CACAAGAUUUGGCUUGGCGGGCGGCCCGAGCGGCCUUCGCCGGACACCGUGUGAAGUGCGGAGCUGACUGGUAACUCCUCUGCCAGAGUUCAAAAUCCAAUCUGAGAACCGACCCGCCUCCACGCUUUAGCGUUCCUGAAUUCCCGCCUUCGGGAUCGGUGCCCGGGACCGUCCUCGGGGAGGCGGGGCCGGAAAAGGAGGGCCUUCCUCCGCCAUGGCAUCUCCCGGGGUCGUUGGCAUUUUCCUCCUCUCUGCGCUCCCCCUCUUGUGUCUGGAACUCCGGCGGGGAAUCCCGGACCUAGGAAUUAAAGAUAUAAUUUUGCUGUGUGGCCGGAUUUUCUUACUGCUUGCUCUUCUUACUUUAAUUAUUUCUGUGACUACCUCAUGGCUUAACUCGUUCAAAUCUUCCCAAGUUUAUCUGAAAGAAGAAGAAGAGGAGAAUGAGAAAAGGCAAAAGCUUGCAAGAAAAAAACAACAGGAGGCACAGGGUGAAAAGGCCAGCAGAUACAUAGAGAAUGUUCUAAAACCUCACCAAGAAAUGAAAUUGAAAAAACUGGAAGAGCGCUUUUAUCGAAUGACGGGGGAAACCUGGAAGUUAAGCAAUGGUCAUAAACUUGGGGGUGAUGAAGAUUCAGUGCUUGAAAAUGAGAGUCAGACAUCUCUUGAAACAUCCAACAGAAAAGCAGCGAAGAGACGGAAAUUGCCUAAGCCUUCAACCAAAGUUUCACCACCUGGCGAACAGCCGGAGGAGGUUCCAGGUUUACCGGAAGAACCUCCUGAAACAGCUGAAGAAGCAGUUACUGUUGCUCUCCGGUGUCCGAGUGGGAGGGUCCUGAGGAGGAGGUUUUUGAAGUCUUGCAGUUCACAGGCUCUAUUUGACUGGAUGCUGAAGAUUGGGUACCACACCUCCCUGUACAGCCUUUCCACGUCCUUUCCCAGAAGGCCUCUGGAAGUGGAGGGAGGCCUUCACUGCAGGACACUGCAGGACGUAGGAAUAACUGUGGAUACCAUACUCAAUGUGGAAGAAAAAGAGCCAAGCAACUAGAAAUGAGAACUGUCUGUCCUACAUAAAAUCACUUAUGUGACAACCUUAAGGAUUCACAUUAAAAUCACGCCAGUAACACUGAUGUUGAUGUCCAUGAGAAUAUAAGGACUACUCUCUGCACAUAAUUAUUUUUGGAAUGUCACUUUAUAAUGUACCGCAGGGACCCUGACUAGGUAAGCUGUUGGUCAGAGCAUCAUCCUGGUACACCAAGGCUGUGGGCUUGAUCCCCAGUCCGGGCACAUAGAAGAAUCAGCCAAUGAAUGCAUAAAUAAGUGGAACAACAGACUGAUUUCUCUCUCUGUCCCUCCCCGUUCUGCCCUCUAAAAAAGUAAGUAAGAACCAGAAAAACGAAGCCUAUGACUUUAGUUUCUGCCUCAUCAAUUCAUCUUAAUCACACUAUAAAUAUUUUACAAUUCAGUGAAACUCUUCAAGGUCUUUUAAGUUGGAAUGUUUACUCUGCUGUCUUUCUAGAAGUGAAGAACUUUGGAAGAAUAUUCAAAGCCCUUUACAGCUUUAAAGUUCUUUUAUUAGGUAUGGAUUAAUCUUCACUUAUGUCUGGGAUUUAUGUACCUUUGCCCUAUAAUGCAGUAUUAAAAGGCUGUGAACUUUG